AAAAUUCAAGUAAGCACGGGUCCCCGGUGUCUGUGAAUAUUAUGUGAGUAUUUAAACUUUUCGUCGUUAAAUUUGUAGUACUCUCAAUUUUAUAGGUGCCUUAGGAUUUUGAUACUGCUAGUAUUACAAUAAUUAAAUUGACUGUUUAAAACAAUAUGGAUAAUAUGGGAUUCAAAACAGAAGUAAACUUUAUAAAAACAGAACCAAUUGACGCAAUUCAAGAUGAUACCUCUAAAGAAAAUUCUAUAGAUUAUGAUGCACUUGGUUUACAGUAUCUAUCAUCCAAGCUGGAAAACCAUGAUUUGAUUGAAAACAAAGUAACAGAUUUAUAUUCUAUUGAAAAUUCUAAGCAUGAAAGUGAAACAGAAGAAAUUUAUGAUGAAUGUUAUUCAUGUUUUAUGUGUAAUGUAUCAUAUAAUACACAAUGUGAUCUAGAUGAACAUUUACGUACUCAUCUUGAUGAUGAGACAUUCCACCACAGCAAUAUUAACAGUAUAAGUGAACCUUUACCUUGUUCUUCAAUAAGGCCUUCGAAAUACUUUAGAUGUAAUGAAUGCCUUAAAAUUUGUAAAAGUCAACUUUCAUACAAUGAACACAUGUUAACUCAUACAGGAGAAAAACCUCAUCAUUGUCGAAUAUGUGAUCGUAAAUUUCGUCAUAUAGCAAAUUUCCGAACACAUUUAAAAAGUCACAAUAAUAUCAGGACAUUAAUUUGUUCUCUCUGUAGAAAAACUAUUGUUGGUGAAAAAAAUUAUUAUAUUCAUUAUAUGGAUGUACAUAAUAAAAUGUCAAUUCGUAAUCCUAGACCUUACCACUCAAGUUCAUCUGAUAGUGAUGAAGAUUUUAAUCCUAAAGUUUCAUAUUAUAAAAAGAAAAAACUUGGUUCACGAAAGUUGAGAAAAGAUAGUGAACCAUUUGGCCCUUUAUUUGCAAAAAAAGCAUGGGAAAAACAGCAACGAGAAAUGGAAAAUGUUAAUUUAGAGAGAGUUGAAGAAGAAAAAAGUGAACGAGAUGCUGUUCAGGAAGCAAUUGAAAGUUCAAGACAAGAUAUUCAAAAUAUGCUUAAAAAAAGAAAACAACAAUUAACUGAUUAUAAUACUGAAGAGUAUCAAAAACUUCUAGAAACUAUAAUUCAAGAAAAAAAUUCUACUGGACAAAUAAAUGAAGCUAAAUUAAUUGGUCCAUUAUUUUGGAAAAAUGCUCUAGUCAAAGCUGGUCUAAUUGAAGAAGGUAUACUUCCAAUGCAAUUUCAAAGUCAACUUCGACUUACUGAGUGUACAACUUGUAAAAAAUGUUUUGCCAGAUCGCCAAAUAGUACUCAAGGUAAUAUUUUACCAUCUAAACCACCAUGCUCCAGCUGCUUUAUGAUGAAAAAUGAAUCUACUCUAAACAAACAUAAAGCUGAAAACCAUAGUGAAAAUCCACCAUAUACUUGUAAAGAAUGUUUGUUGGAAUCAACUACAUGGUAUGAGUAUGUUCAGCAUAUGAAAAUGCAUUUAAAAUAUGCAGCAAAAUGUAGUGAAUGUAUAUAUUAUAUGUUAAAUAAACCGGAAAAAGUUAUAUUCUUAUGUCAUUUUUGUGUAAUGUCUUUUGAUACUGAUGAGCAACUUAAAGUGCAUGUACAAACACAUUUAGAAAAUGGACAAAAUAAUGAUGGUAAUAUUGAUUUUUAAAAUAAUUUUAUAAAUAUUUUAAAAAUUAC